GGAGGCGAGGGAGGGAAGAAGGACCAGGACUGACAGAGGUAACCUGCUCCCAUCUGAAAUAACUGCACAGUGUGUAGGAGAUCCCCCUGUGCCCACACAGUUGGAUCCCACUCCUUUUGUCGCCGGUAAUGUCUGCGAUAGGCUAUUUAUUACUUCCAUUUACUUUGAUUGGAUGAGUAACGCACGCGGACAGAAGUAUCCCGGAAAUAGCGUGCGGCGUACUCGCAGCCUGUCACGUACGCUCACGGUGGAUUUGCAUGACUGUAGGCUGGAGUAGGUUCCUGAUCAAAGUGUCAUUCCAGAUGCUACACAAAUGGUCCAAAUAAGUGAAGAAAACGCUACAAGAACAAGGGGAAACGGCGAUAUGAAACUUAUAGUUAGUUUCUACAGCAGAGCUUUUUCUUUCAGUGAAAGCAGUUGCUCUAGAAAAUGAAGGGAGGACGUGGGCUACGUGCGCAUCCAGCCGAUGACGAGAUGAAAUGGAGAGCUUGGGACAUACGGACCUUUUAAGCCCAAGCUCUUGUCGCGGACCAGUCACUUUGCCAGCCACACAAGACAGAAGUAUCGGACAGCAAGUUUCCUGUGGCCCAUCAGGCAUUUACCACACGUACCGGGCGGACAUGGGACUGAACGGAUUUUGCGCAGCACCCGUUGGGAGCCCCACAGCUGCUGAGCUACUCGUGGGUCUCGCCUCUCAGACAGAGUCUCCUGGAAUCACCACCCCAACAAAGCGGGCAAAAACUGGGGUACCACUUUACAACGGCGGUGUGAUUUCUCCAUCUGCCACAGUGGAGGGCAGCCACGCAGGCGUUCAGGCUCAAACUCCAAACUGUUAUCCAGCUCAGUGCCAUGGCACGUCCACCUGCUCUAUGUACACCCUGAGCAGCAAGGUCUGCUUGGAAGAGAAUGGGGAAAGGACAGGUCAAGACAACAGCCAUUUCAUUCAAAGGAUUAAUGGUGAUAUUAGAAACAGGCAGCUACAGCAGAAGCGCCACAGAGGUGGAGAGAAAAGAGAAGUGGGACCAGAAAGUCUUAAUGGACUUGUUGGUUCUGGAGGGUUAGGUGGCACGGUGGACCUAGUGUAUUCUUUAGGCGACUCAGGGGACAUUAAGAGGAGAAGGUUGGCAGAUGGGAGUGCUGCUCAUAAGUCUGUACACUGUGCUUUGCCCUUCAUUCUUCACAAUAACCAGCAAAAUGAACAGAGUGUCUCUUCAGAACAGCCCAUAGCACCAGUCCACAUUAGCAGCAUUCCAGCCCCUUCUUCCCCUGCAGCUUCUGUCUGGUCAGCUGAACGCUUAGCCCAGCAGUUAAUUGUUCCCUGCAUGAGGUACUAUGGAAUAUGUGUUAAGGACCACUUCUUAGGCCCCCACCUUGGUGACAGAAUAUUUGAGGAGGUAGAGGUUUUAGACCAGAGUGGGAAAUUUCGGGGAGGCCAACUAGUAAGUCAAAAGGGAAUCCCAUCUAGGAGCAUCCGAGGGGACCAGAUAGCCUGGGUCGAGGGCUGUGAGCCAGGUUGCGAAAACAUCGCCACACUGAUGACUCGUAUUGAUGAGGCCAUCAUGUACAGUGCCGCCACUGGACAGCUUGGGGACUAUGCCAUCAACGGCCGUACCAAGGCGAUGGUGGCUUGUUACCCAGGAAACGGUGCAGGUUAUGUCCGCCACGUUGACAACCCAAAUCGCGACGGGCGAUGCAUUACAUGUAUCUACUAUCUUAACAAGAACUGGGAUGUCACGAAACAUGGAGGAAUGUUGCAGAUUUUUCCUGAAGGCAAAAACGUUGUCGCCAACAUUGAACCUGUGUUUGACCGUUUGUUGAUCUUCUGGUCUGACCGCAGAAACCCGCAUGAAGUUAAACCCGCCUUUGCAACUCGUUAUGCCAUUACAGUCUGGUACUUUGAUGCAAAAGAGCGAGCUGAGGCUAAAGAGAAAUACAGACUAGCAACGGGACAGAAAGGCGUUCAAGUGCCUGUCACUCAAAACAGCAGGACAUAAGUCUCCUGUAACAAUUGAGGAGUGAUCAAGAAGCAUUAUGUGCCUUCAACAACAGUGAUUUGACGUUUUGAGCUUGAACAGAAGUUGUGUUCGACCCUCAAUGAACAUUGCAUGUUGAGCAGGUAGCGGAAAAGAACACAGACCCAUGGAUAAUGGAAUCGGAUGGUAUAGAAAUGUACUUAAUUUAAGAGAUUGCCACAAAUUGCUCUUUUAAAGAUGUCAUGUUGAAUCAAAGACUAAAAACUAGAUUUUUUUAAAUUAAUGUUUUGACAAAUCUGUGGACUGAUCUGUGUGGCCUGUUGUACAAGAAGAAUGCACUAUAACAAAAGGGAUAAAUCACAUAUAAUAACACCAGGGAUUUGUCUAAUUGUCCUCUAUCUCCACUUGAGGCACUCUUAUCUCAUGGUCUGACAGAGAAGCACAAAAUGCCUUACGGUACUUGUUAAACAUUACAGGGACUGGUUGAGACUGAAUCUUUACACCUCCACUUAUAUAUUAUGAGUAUAUAUGUGCUGCACGCCAAUAUCUUUAAUCGCUCCAAAAGAGAAAGCAUGAACAGUGACAUUUUAGUUUCAGUGUUAUCCCAAAGCUGUGGUGUUUACUUAGGCUGCAUUCUCUAAUGGACUGAAACAUAAGAAGUGAGUUGCCCAUGUGAUGAAAUUGUGUGUUAUCCCUUUUGCCAAUGUUGAAUAAAUGUAAGACUGAUCCUAGUAUGUAUUUUAUGUGUCUAAUCUAUGUGAACACGUUGGCCCACAAUAUUAAAGCAGGCUAUAACAAUUUCCAAAAUGGCUAAAAUGUCCUUCUAGACUUCUGUUUACAAUCAGGUCACUUGGUCAUUUGCCGCUUUGUAGGAAGGGUCCUUGCACAUGUAUAGUAUGGUAUUAUUCCAGUGCCUCAGAGAGUGAACUGGGGGCAGAUAUUGUCUGUGUGUUGAAUGGGUAAAAUGUUCUUUUAUUUUAUUUUUUGAAAGAGCACUUUAUGUGAAAAAAUUGGAGGAAGUUAAUUGCUUUGCUGUGGAUAUUAUGUCUAAUGAAAUGCAAUAGAAACUAAAACAAUGAAAACAAAUGAAAAAAAAAGUUAUUUAAUUAAAAUGUUUUUUAAGCU